AUGGAAGUUAAUACAGAACUUAUUAAGCAGGAGAACUUCGAUUGGAAACCAGACCUCAACGAAAUCAAAGUGGAACCAUCGAAAUGUGGUGAAAUCCACACCUUGGACUAUCUAAAUUAUACUCUUGUCUGUAGUAUAUGCGGAGAAUCCCUUCCAGGUUUAUUUGAGUUUGGCACACACUACCGAGAAAAGCAUGUUGUACUUGAAAAAAAGAUUGAAGCCACCCUGCCUGUGGUCAGCGGUAAUACGGAAGGAUCUGCUGGUCUGGAUAUCGCAAUGCUGGAAUACAGCGUGAAAGAGGAAUACUUAUCUGAAGAUGAAGAAUGUUUUGCAACGAAUAACGAUGAAGGUCCAACCGCUACUAACGCUUCUGUCUCCCACCAAGAUAUUUCACACGAAGAACUAUCGCAUACUAUGUCGGAAUCCACAGGCAACAAGAACUCACUGGAAGAGCACUCCAAUAGUCAGGAUAACGAAGGACCCUAUGCUUGUCCCCAUUGUCCAAAAGUAUACUACCAGAAGGAAAAUCGACGGGAACAUAUUGACCUUGUGCAUAAUAAAAAGAGAACGGAAAAAUGCCCAAAAUGUAGAGAAUCCUUUCUUACUAACGAAAGUCACACCUGCGGGAUCAACAGCCAGAAUAGUUUAUCUCACAACAGAAAACUUAUACCAAUUCGAUUGCGUUCGGGCAAGAAAUCAUUCCAGCAAGAGACUACUUCACAGUCUAAUCUUGCAAUUCCCGUGAAUCAAGAUAAGCGUCCCAGCUACAGUUGGGGAGAGGCAUUUUACAUAACAUACUAUCGGGAAAAACCACUCAUAUGUGCUGCCUCUGGCUGUAGGCAGACGUCCGAAACCAUGGGAGAAUUGAAAACACAUCACAAAACUGUACAUAUGUGUUCGAUUCCAAUGGAAUACAAAUGUGAUAUUUGCAAUGAAAAGUACAAGGACUCUGACACUCUAUCGGCUCAUAAGAAAACGCAUGUGACGAAAGUUUAUGGAGGAGCAAAAAAGAAAUCAAAAACUCAGUGA